CAACUUAUGAUCCACUGCUUACUGAGUCAGCUGUACUUUCAAGUUAUGACAUAAUUUACUGGUUACCUUUGGUCUUACCUGUAUACAGCUGUAUAUCCAAGCAAAACAGCCAAACACUCUCGUCAUGUCGAUGGUCCGUGACGAGUAUCCCGAUCACCCGCUUACAGUGAAGGGGCCUCUGAAGCAGGGUCCUAACGGUAUGCAACAGUACCAACCUACGGUGAUGCUGGAGAAAUCCUACACCAUCCACUGGAACGGCCGGGCUCCCAGCCUAGUGACCGUCUACCCAAUAAACUUCAACAGUGGAAACUGGGUCCGGCUGGGACUGUGCUACCCACCAGGAACCCUGUUCCGAGUGACGUACCAGUUGGAGAGGCGGUAUCCACGCGCCGUGCUGCAUGACGAGGAGAUGAACCCCGUGUCGAGCCUGGCUGCUGUCGAUGGUGGAGAUGGCAAAGUGUUCUACUUUGAGGAAAACACAGGCCUGCUAUUCCUGAACGUUCGUGGUAAUUACAAUCGGGAUGGCUACGACUACUGUUCACACAUGGGCUGUGAGAGGAUCAUCAUCUCAGCCACCAUGACAAGUGACGCGGUCAGCGACUGUACGGCAGCAGCUUAUCCCAAGUACAGCCUGACACCGACAGAGACUGUUCCCAUGCCGAGCUUUCUGAGUAUUAUCAACGACUGUACUGGAUGUGGUGCUCCGGAACCGAUCGUCAGCGACGACGACUUCAAAUAUCUAGAAGUGACCAUCUUGUCCGCAGGGAAAGAAGAAUUGGAUCUAGGUCAUAGGUCUCUUAUCGAGGUAGACGGAAUCGGGUUCAAUUAUGGUCCCCGUGGCUUUUGGAUCGUCGUUGUUGACACAAUGACUGGCGCAGCGACGCAUGAAGUGACGUUCAACACCAACUGGGUACCUGAAGAUGACGCUGCAAUGGCGAACUUCAUACGUAACGACAUCCCACAGAACUCAAUCGUCCUCAUCACGGCACAGUUCUCCUGGAGUCGACAUGCCCGGGAGUGUCUCAUCGCCAUGAAGGAGAUAGGAGCUCAGGACCCUGUCCGUGCGGGCUUUGGAGACACUUUUGCUAUGGUUGGCUUCAAAGGCACCUACUGGCCUACCUGGAUCCAGCAAGUCAACCUGCCGUCCGGUCAGGGUCCGGCACAGAUCUACACCAAGAUCCCUCUCAUGGGCUGAGGCUCCAAGAUCCCGCUCGGGCUAUAAAGAAGAAGCA